UGUAUUUUCAAAACAUGCAGAAUGAACGCUGGAAAUAUCGAGAAAAGUAGGUUAGAAAAUUGCUUGAAAAUUGUGGAGGACUUUUUUUACUGGCGCGGAGAUCCGUCUCAGAUAGCAUUCUAUUGUCUGCUGUGUUUUGCUGUGUGCUGGAUAAUCACAAAACUUUGCAGAAGACGUUCAAAAAAAGGUUUGCAAGUCGGUGACCCUCAUCGAGGCCACAGAUGGAAGCACGCGGACUUCCUUGAUAAGCCUACCUAUUGUAACUGGUGUAAAAUAUCAGUUGUGAGAGGAAGUUUUUGCGAUACAUGUGCACUAUCCGUGCAUGACUUAUGUUUGGAUGCUGCCAACAAGAAGCAUGCAUGCAAGGUUGUGGUAUUGUCCAGACGUGCUGCCAUGAAACACCAUUGGAUAAGGGGGAACCUACCCCUGACAAGCGUGUGUGAGGUGUGCAAUAUGCACUGUGGUACCGAGCCACGCCUUUGCGAUCUACGGUGCGUCUGGUGCCAGCGAACGGUUCACGAGAAUUGCAUCCAGAUGGUAUCUCGGGACUGUGAUUUCGGGAAGUUCCAAACCAUGGUGGUGCCACCCUAUUGUGUGACGGUUAAGUACGAGAGAUGGAAGGGCACCUACCGACGGUAUAUGGUACGGGAAGUAGAUCCACCGAAAUUCAAGGAUUGGUCACCAUUAUUGGUGCUGGCGAAUCGAAAGAGUGGUGAAAAUGAGGGAGAGAGAUUGUUGAGAGCUUUCAGAGAAUUACUUAACCCAAUUCAGGUGGUUGACCUGAUAGAUGUCUCUCCAGAAUCAGCUUUGGAGUUUUGUGAACUGCUGCCGCACCAUCGCUGUCGAAUAUUGAUUUGUGGAGGCGAUGGUACAGUUGGUUGGGUGCUGGGCGCCCUGGAUUCUGCAAAUAUAAAAAUCCCACCAUAUGUAGCAGUGCUUCCCCUGGGGACUGGUAAUGACCUCGCCCGAGUGCUGGGGUGGGGCAGUGGUUAUACUGGAGUUCAAAGUAUGGGUGAAAUCUUGGAAAAGGUUGAAAAUGCAAUGCCAUCUGCUUUGGACAGAUGGAAGAUUACGAUAGACACAUACACGUAUUUUCACGUGCCAAAACCAAGAAAGGUGUUUAAAAUGAAUAGUUAUUUUUCCGUUGGAUGCGAUGCUACGGUCGUCUUAAAAUUUCACAAACAUCGUGAACAACAACCGUCGCUUUUUAGCAGCCGCUUGUUUAACAAGGCAAUUUACUUUAGUUACGGAGUAAAUGAAGUUUUAGAAGCUAAUUGUAAAAAUUUGCAAGAAAAGAUUCAGCUGGAAAUGGAUGGCAAGGUGGUUGAACUGCCUGAAUUGGAAGGAAUAGUUGUUUUAAAUAUUACAGCUGGUGCGCUGGUGUUCAUGAUUUCUGGUAAUGUGAAGAUGACCUACCCCCCGUAA